AGAUGAAGACAGUGGGGGGAAGACAAGCUGCUGGUUUGGCUAUUUGGGGAAGAAUGGAGACGUGUGAAGUCUUUGCAAUGGCUUGCUCUGCUCUCUCUUCUUUUGAUAUCAGAAAACCAUCUUCCUUGGCUGGCUGAACGUUGCACUACCUGUGGCUGCUAUUUCACCCUCGAAGCCGGCCAACAUGAUGUAACCUGUCAAGAUUGUAUGUGUGAAGCCAUGUUUGCACGACGGUGACCUUCCCGGGCAUCUUUUCACUAACGGCCCGUAUUGGCUUUAUGUGUAUGUGAACGGCGCUGCACACCAUUUUUGCAUUUGGAGGGCUGCCGGCGUAACUGGACAUCCAUUAGGCUUUCACCAAUUCCCAAUGCCAAUAGACAAUUUCAAUGUCAAUAUGGCCUAGGGCCUGACAUGUGGGCCUGAAACUAGUGGCACCACCUAGGGGCCUGACAUGUGGGCCCAAUCGUGAGAAGGGGUAGAUUGGUGGAUUUUGGCUCAACAGUGUUGACAAUUGUUUAAACCAGCUCCACUCCCACUCCACCCACUCCCUCCAGCUCCAGCCAUGGCAUCGCGGACCACCAGCCCCUGCCUGAUCUUCCUCCUGGCGCUCCUUCUCCCCCUCGCCGCGGUCGCCGUGCCGCGCAGACACCGCUUUCCGUCGCUCCAGCUCGCCCCGGUCAACGCCUCGGAGCCACCCACCACUUUCUUCGAGGUGGACCGCCCGAUCCAGCCGCCGCGCGGCAGCGUCGGGCCCUGCUCCGCUCUGCUCCUCUCCGACUCCUUCGGCUACACCUACGGCCGUCCUCCGGCCACCGCCGCCUACGUGCCGCCCGAGUGCCUCGCCGCCGCGCGCGCCCGGGGCGGGUCGCUCGCGCUCGCGGUGCUCGAGUGGAGCGCCGACUGCCGCGGCCGCCAGUUCGACCGCAUCUUCGGCGUCUGGCUCUCCGGCGCCGAGCUCCUCCGCAGCUGCACCGCCGAGCCGCGCCCCGACGGCAUCCUCUGGUCGGUCUCCCGCGACGUCACGAGGUACGCCGCCCUUCUCUCCGAGCCUGGCGAGGUCGCGGUGUACCUUGGCAACAUCGUCGACAGCACGUACACCGGCGUCUACCACGCCAACCUCACCCUCCAUCUUUACUUCCACUCCACAACGCCGUCACCGCCGCCGCUGCCGCACGCCGAUUUGAUCCUGCCCAUCUCGAGGAGCCUACCUCUGAACGACGGGCAGUGGUUCGCCAUCCAGAAUUCCGCCGAUGUGCAGUCGAGGAAGCUCGCCAUUCCGUCGAACACCUACAGGGCGGUCCUUGAGGUGUUCGUUUCGUUCCACUCCAGUGAUGAGUUCUGGUACACCAACCCUCCCAACGAGUACAUUGAGGCCAACAAUUUGUCCAGCGUCCCUGGCAAUGGUGCGUUUCGGGAGGUUAUUGUUAAAGUCGAUGACAAUGUGGUCGGUGCUGUUUGGCCGUUCACUGUUAUCUACACCGGCGGUGUCAACCCGCUUCUCUGGCGGCCAAUCACCGGCAUUGGCUCAUUCAACCUACCUACCUAUGACAUUGAUAUCACGCCUUUCUUGGGCAAGCUCAUGGAUGGCAAGGAGCACAAUUUUGGGUUUGCUGUGACCAAUGCAUUGGAUAUGUGGUACAUUGAUGCCAAUUUACAUCUGUGGUUGGAUCACAAGAGCAAGAAGACAGUUGGGAGCUUGAUCAGCUAUGAUGCAACGUCGUCGGCAAAUGUGGACUCGCAGUUCAGCGGGCUGGACGGGCGGUUCGUGACGAGCGCAAGCCGGCAUGUCUCCGCCACCGGGUGGGUGGAAUCGUCGCACGGAAAGGUCAUGACAACUUUCUACCAGAGAUUCAGCUACAAAAACAGCAAUGUGUAUAGCAAGAACGGCAGUGAGCAAGUGGUGAACCAAACGAUCGAUGCCAAGUCAGGUGUUUCCACCACAAACGGCGCCGUGCUGCUCUCGGAAGAAGUUCACCAGGUCUUCCCACUCUAUCUUUUCUCUGGGACCUCAGAUGAAGUGGGUGAUGAGUACUCGCUGGUUUCAGCUAUCAAAUUGAGCAUCAAUGAGAAGAGGGGCUCUGGUGCGGAGCAAGGCUUCUCCUACAGCUCUCUGCGGAAUGCGCAGUCGGCACGCGGUAGUAUGAGGGUGAAGGGGAAUUUGGUGACUUCUGGGUCUGGUGAGAACCAUCAGGUGUAUAAAUAUGUGGGUACCGAUGGAUGCUACUCCAGAGAUGUGAGCAGCAAGAACUACACUAUCGUUUUCGACCACUCUGAUGACUCGUGCUUAAAGGGAUCACAAGUUAAAGGCUCCAGAUUCCCCUCCAGUUAGUUUAGACGAUCCGUUGAUCGAACUGUACUGCAAGUUAGAGAAUAAGAUUUGCAUAGUUUAUCCUGUGCCUCGUGUGGUAGGUAGAAAUCUUGGAAAAUUCAAUUUAAACUCACUGUUUUCGAAUGUAUCAGUGACACUUUUAAUUUGGUUUGAAAUGAUUCUGCUCCGCACAGGUUAUGAUUAUCA